CAGCCCCACCACAUCGCCCUUUACAUAGUACAUGUACCUUUACAUGUACCUUGACGCGUCUUAAAGUGCUUUUUGACGCGUUGAGGUCUUCGUUAUCGACUUCGUUAUCGACAACGUCUGCCUAAUUUAUAUAUCCGCGUAACAUAAGUGGAUUUCUCUUCGCUCCAAUGUAAGGAAAUGCAUCUGGGACUCAAUGGCGAAAUGGAAGGAGCUUGGAGAGGUGCCAGAUUCGGACGACGAAAGUGGCUUCGACACCAGUCAAGAAUCCGAACAUGACUUCCCACUGCAGCAGAGUGGCGCCGAUAUACCAGAUGGGCCUGUUCUUGAAGAUCCCGUAUCUAAGGAACAAAAUAUUUGGGAUAUCCCACUAUCAUCUCAACCCUCCAAAAAGGAACGUAACGUAAACAACAGCUCACCUCGACCACAAUUAUCACAAGCACCCUCCGAGUUACCGACUACUCAUCAUCCUGACUCGUCCCCUCUUUCGUCGUUACCACCCCUUGAGCCUAGGAGCAAUCCGGAGAACUCAGCCCAACCCGCCGAGACUAGUAGCACUGAGUUAAACGAAACCCAAGCGUCAAGAGUAGCCUCUCCUACUUCGCAUAACCAGUUCGUCAAUGCAAUCUUUGAGGUAGAUACCCCGGACGACAGCGAAGAGGGCUUGGUACAAGAAACGAUCCGGCCUGCGCGAUCGUUAAGACCACGCAAACCAAUCCAAGAGCAUCCUUAUUUACUCGAGAGUGCACAAUAUAGCAAGACCCUUAAAUCGCAUGGCGUCAGACCCUUGCGUGUGCUAAUUGAGGAGGCAGCAAGAAAAAGAAGAGAGGAAGAGGAUUCCCAAGAACAAGAAUAUGAAGAUGAAAGUCAAUCAACUCUUAGAGAAUUGGCUCAAGAAGAGUCAGGGGACAGCCAAGUUGUUCAAGAACCUGAUCUACUGGAGAUUGUCGAUGUCGAAGAGUUAUCAAUAGCCAAAAGUUCAUCCCCUUUCUCCGGGCAUAAAGAUGUUGUUGAACAAGGUGUUUUGCUUCGGAGUUCACAGGAUGAUGACGAAUUUCCUGAUCCGGCUGAUGUAGAUAAAUGGAAGUUAGGAAAGGCAUCGAUUACGACAGCUAAAAGACAUGCCUCGCCCAAGGCCUCAUUGAAACGGAAGCUGCCAAAAUUGCAUCAGCCAGUUAGGUUUGCGAGCGCCGUCUCUCCACGAGCGCAACCUGCCAGUAUAUUCGAUAUUCCACCAUCACCACCGCAAACAAGCCCAAACUUCCUGGCUCGUACACCAGCCACUAGCAUGGAACGUUCUCGACUAGUCACGGCGCUGACACCAAGACCAAGUAGUACAAUCUCAUCUAGGAGCCAAAGCCCUGCACCUGCAAACGAGAGCACUAGUAUGAUUGACCUUACUAUAGGGGAAGAUGAUGACGAGAUUGAUGAUGGGCAAGAUGCGGAAUCUAGUGGCGAUUCCGAGAGCGACACUGAAAUUGUGCGAGCCGCAAUGAGGAGGAAGAUGCGCGGCGUAUUACCUGCUUCUUGGCUCCGACUCGACCGGCAAAGCAUGCCCCGGAAGAAUUCUCCGGAUGUUUUGCGACGAAGCCCCGACCACUCGCCCGAACGGGCCCAGAGGAAAGGUGUAGCUCAGCGGCGGCAGGUGUCUCCUCGACCUGGUGUUGAUACGGCACUAUUUCUUGAUGAUUCGGAUGAUGAUAAUACGACUUUACGAACUGAUGAUCUUGAUUUUCAAAGCGAAAAUAAUAACAUACGUAUCUUCGAAGACGACGCUGGCUCUGUUAUCGAAGAUAACUCGAUUGACUACAUGCUUUCGGGAAAUAAAAGAGCUAGCAUGGAUACCACUGGAUUAGAACGGCCUAAGAAACGGAGAAAAAAUCAGCAGCCAACAUUUAAAGGGAAUCUAGGCCAACAGAAGCGGCAGCAGAGGAUUACAGGACUGCUAAGUAGGGCAAAGAGUGCGGUGACCGAACCGAGUAUCAAGAGACGCCAUAUGGGGAACAGUUCGAGUGGAAGGCGUCGCACAAACGGUCUAAGCAAACCAGUAAACAGACCUACACCCCCGCCCCGGCUUAGUAUCUUAGAUGUUGUCGAACCAGAUGCACCUCCUUUUAUUCGUAUAGCUGCUCGAUCAGCGAAUAGAAGAUUAGACCAGGGCAGAUCCAGCCCUUCGAAGAAACAGAUUGCGCUUGGGACGCGCGAGGAUAAUAUUGACGCUACUAGUGUCUUAAGAGAUUGGAAAAGGGGUCGUAUCAAACCCAAGACUUCUACCAAGGGCUUGACCAAGUCUCAAGUUAAAUUACCGAAACCUCUUGGUUCUCUAUGUCACAAUUCCGUUACCCAACAUCCAAGGGAAGUUACUAAACCCCCUACUGCCCCCGUGCUUUUGAGUCGCUUUUCGCAACCUCGGCGAAUGGUUAAGCAAGCGAGCAUUGAGAACUUCAUGACUAUUGAAGCGGGGACAUCAUCCACAUCCAGUCAACUGGGCAAUGAAGUCUCUUUAUCGAAACGUUCUCAAUUUGGCAGAAUCAAGUCCUUUAAUGCAAAUCCGCGGCCUGCGCAACUCGAAGCAGUUGGCGAAGAGAUUGGGCGGCAUGCCUUCGAUGCGCGGAAGAGAGCUCUUGACGCAUUAUACAGAAAGUCGCGUAAGGAUUUACCUAUACCAGCACGUAUUGGGCUCGAACGAGUUAUAGAUCAUAGCGCAUCUCCUGGAAGUUCUGAUAAACCUACUGGGGAUUCGGCGUCUAGCAAUGGUCUCGAAAGGCCUCAACCCGUUGUGGGACAAAAACGUUUAAAGUUUCGGAAACAUUUUCGUCCUCGACAUGUGGAUACUACGGCGCCUCAGUAUGUGCAUGCUAAUGAUCCCCUACCUCGUGAAGCGAGUCCAGUAAGUCCUAUUUUUGAAGCGGCUCACGCCUCAGAAUCCUCAGGCAAGUUAUUAGGGCUUGGUCCAUUCGGCACGCAUUAUACUCAGCACUUUGAGAUAUUCCCACUAGAUCUUGGUGUUUUUUUUCAUGAAAGUACAAUUCUCGGGAGCGGUCGUCUACGCAAGGCGACGAACGAAAGGUCUCGAAAUAGUUUUCGUCAACCAAGAGGCCAUGCUAUAUUUGUCCUUGGAGAGAAAACACUACGGUGGGGUCUGUGGGAUGCCCAGGUUUCAUCAGAAAUAGGCAUCGUUUUGGACUGGAUAGUGGAAUAUCUUCAUUCAGAGUCUCCUGACCUUAGUUGGGGCAUAAGUCCAGUACAGGCCGCAGACUUUGUACUGGAAUACCUUCAAGACAACAUAAGCUUCUCAGACGAUGAGAGUGAGAAAUAUUUUGCGGGUCGGGCUUUAGAAGUACUGCAAACCUUUACACAACGCCUAGAGACUCUACCGCUCCAACCUCGGGAUCUGGGCCGACCACUUACAGACGUGAUGAGUCGUGGUCUGGUUAUUUCAUUCCAAGUCUUGCGGAUAUGUCAUAGCCUUAGCCAGCUAUCAGAGACGUUCCAACUUGAAGAAGUACUAGGCAAAAUCGCCAAAAGGACAGCUCGUGAAUUGCUUGCGAGGGAGCUGGCAGAUAUACGGAACUUGUACCAUGACCUACAACGUAUACCCUUCCGUGAAAAAGGUAUUCGGAAUGAGCAAUAUUCAGUAAUCUGUUGGGUUAUGCUCAUUCGAGUGCUUGAAGAAUCCCGUACCCCAAGAUCCGGAUUUUGGGAUAUUGUCUCUUCCGUCAUCUUAAACACAGACCUAAACUCUAUCAGCGACGCGCAUACUUUCGAACAAAUAUGGUAUAAUCUAUUCACUUUACUUCCUCUAGGGGAGUUUGACAACUCCGGCGUCAUUGUUCCAGGUAUUAGGCACACCAUUCCCUUGGAGGGUUGGGUGCUGCCGCAAAAAUUACUCAAACGUGUCUUCCAGCUAUAUGAAAGUAAUUCCCGACAGGCACCUAGUUUCAAUGAUUAUUGUCGAGGAGUAGUAAGUCGUUGCCACUACCUCGUGGAACAAUGGGGCUGGCGAAAAUCCAAUGGUAUAAUAGGGACGAUAUUCGACUUUUUUGCUGCUCGAGGUCUUUCGCAUCUGAGGAAUGAAGAAGUGUAUAAAUCACCAGAGUUCCUAGAGCAUCUCGCAGAGUCUCCGUCGCUUGCUAUCGUACCGGAAGAUCGAUGCUUUCAUAUCUUUCUAAAGCUUCUGGCAUUGUCCAUCAAGCGCCUCGAGGAUCAUGGCCUGAUUAAGGAUGCUAGAAAUAUGCUGGCAAGAGUUUUACCAAAUCACAAUCGGCAAUAUGAAAAGGAGAAAGAUAUACACGAGAGCGAAUUAGCUGCUCUGAGGAAUCAUCAUGAUCUUCUCUGCACGCUUUACUGGGCUGCGCCAUCCGGUUUGCGACCUUCCGUACAAACGAUCGAAAAACUGGUGAUACCUGGUAGUUCUCAUAAAGAAGCCUGCUUGAUUAGCUUGCGAGCUUGGAGCCAACUAUCGCGAUAUGUGAUAUCUUCGGAAGAAAACAAUAACGGAUACAAGCCCUUUGCUGACUGGCAGAAGAACAUAUUUCAACAAGUAAUGGAACAAUACUUGUCAGCCGAAUCAGAUAUCCAACAGCAACUCCUGAAUAUGUCCAAAGAUGCUUCGAGAAAUAUAAGUCGAGAGAUGGUCAAUGCGGUCGUGAAGCUGAACAGGAAGGGUGCAAUGGAUGUAAUACACUCCUCGAUGAAGGGAUUCCUAAAUGUCAUUCGGCUCGCCCCAACUCUCGGUGCCGCUUCCUUUGCGUUAAAUCAUUAUCAAUUGGACCAGGUUUUCACUCGGUUCCCGUUCUCGUCAGCAAACUUUGAUUGGAGCAGCUUGCGGGUUGCUACAGAUAUCAUUGAAUACUAUGUCACUCGAAUCGAAGAGUUCUUCGGUCAAGGCCCCGUCCAAGUUGAACACACCUGGCAUGGAGAAGACGCUAUUAUGCUUCUUGAACGAAAAAUGGCCACCCCUUUCGUCACAAUGACUCAUGCUAUCAUUGGUAUGGAUUUCAAAGACAUUGGACUCGGCCCAACGAGCGAUCGCUCCAUCUGCAUGGAACAAGCUGUAUUACUUUCCGGACGACUGGCAGCUCGGCUAAUCCACGCCCGUCUUUCGCGUGUUUCCCAGUUUUUUACUACUGGAAAAUAUAGCUUAUUCCCAAAUGUGGCAAAGGCUGUCGACUCUCCGUCAAGGAAAUAUCGCGCUCUCUUCCUCGCCACACUAAUUGAGCAGGGCGUAGAUGAUUUUAAGGAUUUGGGUAGCUCGAUCCUCGAUCUCCUCUUAGGAGAACUCGUAAAACCUUGGAGGUUUCUGGCUUAUGAAAACCGUCUCGCGCUCGCGGUAAAACGUCACCAUGAUCCAAGCUUGAAGGAUGCGAUCAUAGAGAGUGGAAAUAACCCCGACUACAAUUCAAACCGGGCGUUAUUUGGCCAUGUAGUUGCCGUGAUGCGUAAGACGUUACGAUUUGCAGAAGCAAGCCGGAAACAACAAUUACAGUCGCAGUUCUCGAAGGCUCUGAAGAGCACGAUGGACCAGAUGAAACUUGAUUUGAAGUCUAUCACGCUAGACUCUCCCGAGCAUGCUGAUUAUAUUGAGUUUGUUCGGUCGAUCGUCACUGUGAUUCGAUCGCAAGAUCUCUGUCCUGUGGAUUCGUAUUUUUACCAAAUCAGCCGGGAAUAUUCUCCCUCCAGUCAAGACCCUCGCCUACAAAUAGCAGGCAUAUUGUCGUGGGGUCUCAAAUUGGAGGAAGGGGAUAGCAAAGCAGUACCCGGGCUUUUCUAUCUCCUUUUCCCCAACUUUAAGUUGGCACUCGCCAAUGGUAAGCUUGGCAAUGAAAGAGCUAUCCUUCAACAGGGGAUGGGGAACUUUCAUGUAUAUUCCUUUAUGCUCAGUAAAAUGCUCCCGGCAAUCAGCAAAGCAGCACUUCAGGUCCCUACAGGGUGGAUUAUACUGGACACUUACGUUAGUGCGUUUGAAGUACUACUUGCAGCACCCUGCAUCUGCAGGGAAAUGGGCAGGGAGGACGCAAAGGGGUUCCUGGUCUUUCUCAAGAUCACGUUAGCUGGAAUUGGACAGCUCCAGACCCUCGGCGCUGCUUCUUUGCAUGAAGAACAUGUUUAUACACUCAUCCGGAUCAUACAGCUUCUCAAUUUGCUGUCGCCGUCAUUAACAGCAUAUCUGAUAAAUGAGCCAGCUUCUCAAGAAGCAAUCGAUAUCACGAGAGUAGGUGAGGCUUUUACAAAUUUUACACGGGAAGCGGAAAAAUAUCUUUCCAACCUUCUCAACAACUUAGGGCACAGGACAUCGUCCAAUAUAGAGGCGCUACCUACUAUAGAUUCGAAUAGACUCUUUCAAGGGCUUGGAGGACAGAGAGCCAGCCUCCCAUUAGAACCGGACGAACAUAUUACUAGAUUCGCAAACCACAUGAUACGAGACAUUAAUGAGAAUUGGGUGUCGAACGGGUCGACUAUCAGUAUAAGGGGGCCAUCUAGGGUGCAGGGGCAAACAUCGACGCAGUCUGGGCAAGGGACUCUGGUGCCGAGGUGGGACCCGAGAAGGUUGAUCCAAGCUCUUAAUAGAGAGCUUCAAGAGUGGAAUUAUGCCAACGAUUUGGCGACUGCGACUUCGAGGCUCGCUGAAUUACCGCUUGACGAAUUUUUAUUUUAAUAUAUGUAACUGCAUCUAGCGUGGCGUUAGG